CAGACACAGAGCGGGAGACCGCGCGGAGCUCAGGGCAGCUCCGGAGCAUCGCGGCGUCCCUGGCAGCGUCCCUGGCAGCAUUUGGCUGCCGGGUGUGAACCAGGGAACCACGCUUCGGACGACUGUACACCUUCGCGUGGGGGGACCUGUGCUUGUCUCAGACCUGCAGGGUCGUGUCUGGGGGUGGUUCCUGAUCUCUCAUUAUAGCGCCUGCUGACACUGAAAAGGAGGACUUGAGUCUGGCAAAGGUCGAGACAGAAAGGGUAGGGAAGGAAAGAGGAAAGAAAAGCAGCGGAGGCCGAAAGCGAAGGAACUAGUGUAGACCUCCCGAGCAAUUAAGAGGAGGGCUGGACUGCCCACGGAGGUGCGGAGCAAGGAACAGCAGAAGCGGUUCUGUCCGUGGAGCUGAGUCUUCUUGCACCUCGGGUCACGCCUCCUUGGCGAGAAGACCUCUCGCCUUUGAUUGCUUCCAGUUACUACAGAACUUCCUUCCCUGGUGGAGAAAGUGGGUCUUGCUUGGGUCGCGCUUGCUCCUGGUUCGAGGCGUGAGACUGAGUUCACACAGUGCUGGGCCCCACAGCCAAGUGGGGUUGGGGGAACUGCCUGCGAGCUUCCGCGGCCCGAGUGAGUGGCCCGUGUUGGGGUCCUUCCUCCCUUUGCAUUAGCAUCCCUCGGGCUCUGCACCUCCCCAGGGACCCCUCGCUGGGAGAUGGCCGCAUCGAUGCGGGGCAAGGACUCGUCCCGUUGCCUGCUCCUACUGGCCGCGGUGCUGAUGGUGGAGAGCUCACAGCUCAGCAGUUCGCGGGCCAAACUCAACUCCAUCAAGUCCUCUCUGGGCGGGGAGACGCCUUUACAGGCCGCCAAUCGAUCUGCGGGCACAUACCAAGGACUGGCUUUCGGCGGCAGUAAGAAGGGCAAAAACCUGGGGCAGGCCUACCCUUGCAGCAGUGAUAAGGAAUGUGAAGUUGGAAGAUACUGCCACAGUCCCCACCAAGGAUCAUCGGCCUGCAUGGUGUGCCGCAGGAAAAAGAAGCGCUGCCAUAGAGAUGGCAUGUGUUGUCCUGGUACCCGCUGCAAUAACGGCAUCUGCAUCCCAGUCACUGAGAGCAUCUUAACCCCUCACAUCCCAGCUCUGGAUGGCACUCGGCACAGAGAUCGAAACCAUGGUCAUUACUCAAACCACGACUUGGGAUGGCAGAAUCUAGGACGACCACACACUAAGAUGUCACAUAUAAAAGGGCAUGAAGGAGAUCCCUGCCUACGAUCAUCAGACUGCAUUGAAGGGUUUUGCUGUGCUCGUCACUUCUGGACCAAAAUCUGCAAGCCAGUGCUCCAUCAGGGGGAAGUCUGUACUAAGCAGCGCAAGAAGGGCUCUCAUGGCCUGGAAAUCUUCCAGCGGUGUGACUGUGCAAAGGGCCUAUCUUGUAAAGUAUGGAAAGAUGCCACCUACUCCUCCAAAGCCAGACUCCACGUGUGUCAGAAAAUAUGAUCUCUUCAGAGGAAAUGCAUCAUGAGCAGACUGUGAAUCUGUGCAUUUAAUGCAUCAUGGCAUGGUGGAAAAUAGGAUUUGGAUCUCAGAAGAAUGGCUAAUGUAAGGCUUGUGAUAAAAAUAUAAGUCACAGAGUAAGAGAAAGAAGAGAACCGAGUUGAUUGGAAAGGGUGACAAUACAACCAGUGUGUUUCCAUUAUGCCGUUUGUUUAUGUAAAUAUGUACACACUUGUGAAAAUGCAGUUACUGAAAAAAAGCACAGUGAAAGUUACUGACAAAUACCAUGUGACUUUUGAAGAUUUUAGGUUGUGCUAGAGGAUCGGUUUCCUUCUGAUUGGUGAUUGUCUACAAAAUAACCUAAAAGCCAUAUUUCUGUUCAAAGUUAUAGUUUAACAAAAUACUCCCAUUAUAUCUUGUAUACAAUAAGGUCUAAAACAUUAAAAAAUUGUUAAAUAGGAAAUGAAAAAACGAGCAGAGUUAAGUCACAACAUGGAAUCACCUUUUAAUUUGAACAUUACUACUAUCCAAUUAAAGGCCUUGGUGGACAAGGAUAAAAGCAGUUGAUAUUUUCCAAAUUAUUUCAAAAUAAUUGCAGGUCUCUUAUCAAGGCCUUUACAAAAGAAAAAAAAUAACUUGUCUUUCCUCAAACUGCUUACUUAUAUUUUCCAGCAUUUACUUCCACGUAUACUUACUAAAAACCAAUAUAACAAGACAAAAGUAGACCAUUCAGAUUCUCAAGGAAUAACAUUGCAUCUGUCUAGAUCGUAUCUGAGUCCUACCAUGAAUAUAUUUUAUUUUCCCAUCUCUUCCCAUUAGUCAUGAAAAGCACAGAGCAAAAUUUCACAUACUGCAAAUCUUUUUAAGAUAUCCAAAAUACAUGGGCAAAAAGCUAAUAGAGAGAUCAUUACUUCCUAAAGCUUUGACAUGCCCCAUGUUGCAUAGCAUUAUACUGGUAAACACCUUGCUCUUCACAUACUCUGCGGUACAACAGGGUGAAGCUGACCAUACAGACUGGAGUUGUGUUGGUCCUGCACUGAAGCCAGCAGGGAAAUGGGCAAAACUUUGUCAAGUAUCCAGGUUUGGACCACUCAUAGAUAUGUCAGAAGCACAAGAUGACCUUUUAUAUUUGAGUCCCAGUGUUGCACAACCUAAAUGGAAGUUUUCUAUGGGAUUUGCUAUCUCAAAUAUUUACCACACAGAGGAGCACAGUGUGAGGUCAAUACUUGACCCAAAAGUACAUAUUUUAUACCUUUGAGGUCCUAAAAUAAUAUGAGGAGUUCCCACAAAAUGGACUCCCAAGACAGAUAGUACAUAGUAAAUGUUCAUUGCCCUCAAUCAGUGUCCAACUGGCCAGUGCCAACGUCUGAUUUUUCUGCACCAACCAUUCUGUACAACAGCUUUUUAUAUUUUUAUUAUUGUUUUGCCAAAGAUAUAGUUUCUGUUUUCUGCAUCCAUUGAGAUGAAAAAAUAUAUAAGUGGAAUAACUUGUAAAAUCUACAUAUUGCUAACCUAUAAAAACCACAAGUUCUUCAUUCUUUGAAACCAUUUUAUUACCUUUUCUACUUUACUCACUUCUAAAUAUUAUGUCUAGAGCAUAAGGCAAAAAAGUUAUAGCUGUUAUUUUUGACCUUUCCUUUUAUAGACUAAAAGUCUUAAUUUUCUUUUACUUAACCCUCAUUUUCAGUCUCAAAUUCAAGUUCUUCCAGUAGAAAUUGAACCCAAACCUGCAUGUCUGUUAAGAAUUUCAGCUUUCCACACACAUUUACUAGAAUAAUUAAGAUUUACAUUUAUCUCACAUGUCUGAAAAAAACAGAAAAAUUUCAACGAAUCUAUUAAAAAACCAAAGUCUGUACAAACAGGAUUCUAUAAGCUUG